AUGAGGUUAUCGCCUAUGUUCCUUUUGCUGGGCUCGACCCUACUUUGCGGGGCGCAAGCAGCAGCAGUAGCAGACGAGAAGGAUGACCAGGCAAACACCUUCAACUCCAUGAAGGUGCCGCCGAUGCUCGAGUUGACACCGGACACCUACGACAAGGAGGUGAAGGCCCAUCAGUUCAUGCUUGUCAAGCACUACAGCCCUUAUUGCCCGCAUUGCAUAGAUUAUGCGCCGAUAUACCAGACCCUAUACGAGUUCUACUACACCUCCAAGCCUGAGUCCAAGGAAGACAAAUCGUUCACCGACUUUUACGAUUUCCGCUUCGCCACGGUGAACUGCGUGGCCUACUACGAUCUUUGCGCAUCCCACAAUGUCGCAUCGUACCCUACUACCAUUCUCUACAAGAAUGGCGAGCUGGCCGAGUUGAUCAAGGGCGUCAAGGAAAUCGACCAACUCAGCCCCAUUAUCGAGAAGCAGCUGGAAGCGGCCAAGCCCGGAACCAGGCCCCGCAACAUCGAGCUACCCGAGGCGGGCGACAAGUACUCCCCCGACAAGGCACCCGGCAAGUCCGACGACUCCAAGAAGCCAGCGGACGACAAGGCCGACGCCCCGAAGAAUGCCAAGAACGAUGCCAAGGCCGAUGCGAAGACUGACGCGAAGACGCCGCCCAAAGAAGAGACCAAAGCUCCCCCGAAAGCCCCUCCUGCGAAGGGUGAUGCGAAGCCUGUCGAUAAGACCGAUGCGAAGACUGAGGCGAAGACUGGUACUAAUGCCGAAAAGGCCGACGCAAAGGCCAGUACCACCGAGAAGGCUGUUGCUACUCCUACCAAGUCCGUGGUGAAGAAGCCUACCGUUACUCCCAACAAGGACGGCAUUUCUAUGCCUCUUACCGCCGAGAAGUUCCAAUCCUUGGUGACCAUGACCCAAGAGCCCUGGUUCGUCAAGUUUUACGCGCCGUGGUGUCACCACUGCCAGGCCAUGGCACCUAACUGGCAGCAACUAGCCAAGGAGAUGAAGGGUCGGUUGAAUGUCGGCGAAGUAAACUGCGACGUGGAGACCAGACUUUGCAAGGAUGUCCGCCUCCGCGGCUACCCUACCAUCCUCUUCUUCAAGGGCGGUGAGCGGGUCGAGUACGAAGGUUUGAGAGGCCUCGGCGACUUCGUCCAUUACGCCGAGAAGGCGAUCGACAUUAGUGAGGGGGUUCAGGAUGUGGACGCCGAGUCGCUGGCAGCCCUUGAGGAGAAGGAAGAGGUCAUCUUCAUAUAUUUCUACGACCAUGCUACCACCAGUGAGGACUUUAUGGCUCUCGAGCGUAUUCCCCUCAGUCUCAUCGGCAAGGCGAAGCUUGUCAAGACGAAGGACCCCGUCCUCUACGCUCGUUAUAAGAUCACGACUUGGCCUCGCUUGCUCGUGUCCAGGGAGGGUCGCCCCACGUAUUACCAGCCGCUUACGCCCAAGGAGAUGCGCGAUGUUCACCAAGUUUUGAACUGGAUGAAAUCUGUCUGGCUGCCCAUCAUUCCCGAGAUGACCGCCUCCAACGCGCGAGACAUAAUGGACGGCAAGAUCGUCGUUCUCGGUAUCAUCAACAGGGAAGACCAAGAAGGCUUCCUCAGAGCCAAGCGCGAACUGAAGAGUGCCGCCAACGAGUGGAUGGACAAGCAGAUCACCCUCUUCCAGCAUGAACGACAAGAACUGCGGGAUGCCAAGCAACUCCGCAUUGAUGAGGCUGAAGACCGCGGCGACCAACGCGCUCUGCGCGCAGCCAAGGCCACUCGCAUCAACAUGGACAAGUCAGACAGGAAGCAGGUUGCCUUUGCCUGGGUCGAUAGCGUCUUCUGGCAGAGGUGGAUUCGCACCACAUACGGCAUUGACACCAAGGAUGGAGAUCGUGUUAUCAUCAACGACGAAGACAACCGCCGAUACUGGGAUACGACCAUCACUGGUAACAACAUCCUUCUGUCCCGGACCUCGAUUUUGGAGACCAUUAACAAGGUCGUCACCUCGCCGCCCAAGAUCAAGCCCAAGCUCACCAUCUCGAGCUUCGAGAAGAUCUUCUUUGACAUGCGCGUAACUUUCGUCGAGCACCCCUACCUGACCUUGGGCUGCAUCGUCGGGCUGGCAUUUGGUGCCUUCUCAUGGUUCCGCAGCCGCGCUCGCCGGGGCCGUGGUGGACACUUCCGCUUGGAGGAGUCCUGGGGCAACAAGGAACUGAUGAAGGAGGGUCUGUUGGGCCCCAAUGGCAACGGCAAGGUGGACUAG